GUCCAGGGACAGGUGCUAGGUGGCGGUAAUGCUCUGUGCAGUGUAACGCCAGAUUAAGUUUGUCCCAACAGGACUCCGUACUGUCUGCAGCCUUCAGCAGAAAGCAUGGCGGCCGCCUUGGCGAGGAGGGUGUCCGGUCUCCUGAGGCCGCUGUCUGUCUCUCUGUGUGCCAGGACGCCGCAGCUCUGUCAGCUCUCCAGCCUCAUCCAGCCCACGCCUCUGUGCAGCUCUGCCGCAGCCGCCGUCCGCGCUCCUCUGCGGGCUGCAGUGUGCCAGGCACCGCGGUACAACAUCCUGCAACGGGUGUCGGCACUUAUUCCUAGUCUGACUCAGCAACCAAGCAGAAGUCUGACGUACUACAGUGUGAAGAAGGGAAAGAGAAAGAGCAUAAAAUCUGUGACGGAUAGGUUCAUGAGGCUGCAUUGUGGCCUUUGGAUCAGACGCAAGGCCGGAUACAAGAAGAAACUGUGGAAGAAGAGUCCUGCCAGACGAAAGCGCCUGAGGGAGCAUGUAUUUUGUAACAAAACACAAAGCAAGCUUUUGGAUAAAAUGACAACCUCUUUUUGGAGAAGGAGGAACUGGUAUGUUGAUGAUCCAUACCUGAAGUACCACGAUCGGGUCAACCUCAAACUGUAAUGACACCUUGUUUUCUGUUUUAAAUAUAAUGUAAUAAAGUUAUAUAUGUAACAAAGUCA